AUGGUCGCCGCUGCUCGUCGUUUCGUCAUCGCAGGUCAGUCCCCGUUUCCUCCUCCUCGCCGCGGCGUCAACACGUGACUUCCCUCAACUUACCGUUUGUCUCCCUUCUGCCAGGCCUGGGCAACUACCCCUACCCUCUCACGCGCCACUCUAUAGGCCAGAUACUACUCAAAGCCCUUGCCCACAAAGCGUCCUCCCUACCCCACUCCUCCGGAACUCCCCACCUCAAACUCGAUUCCUCUAAACACGUUUGGUCUACGAUCAUCACCGUUCAUUCUCAGAAUGCUGCGUCCGCCCGAGGGGUGGCUUGCCUGCCGUUCGAGUUGAUGUUCUGUCUUCCCAAGAGGUUGAUGAACGUUUGUGGACCUGUGAUCGUUGAAGCUUCGAAGAGUUUUUUGGGGUCGUCGGCAUCGGCAUCGAUGGUGCAUUCGAAAUCCCGAGUGGACGGAUGGAAGAUCUUGACCCUUCAAGAUGAUCUGGAUCUCAAGCCUGGAUCGUUCAAGAUUCAGCGAGGAGGAUCACCAAGAGGUCAUAAUGGAGUCAGGUCCGUCGAAGGCGCUUUGGGCAAUCGGGAUUUCAAUCGGAUACGACUCGGGAUAGGCAGACCAGAGAACAAGGCCGAGGUCGCCUCCUAUGUCCUUGAGCCUUUAGGAAGAGAUGAGGUGCAAAAGAUCGAUUGGGAUGAAGGCACCCAACGGGGCGGAGAAUUGGUCGAGCAGAUUUGGCUCGACGUGAUGCGGAUAGCCCAAGAGCACGCUUCGAACAAGCCAUCAACCUCGACGUGA